AUGGCACCAAAACGAGUAACUGCACCGCAAGUAGACCCGGCGCCGUUGCGCCAGCCUCUGGCAUUCGACUUCAGCGGGAGAAUUGCGCCGAAUCGAAUUCUCAAGGGCGCAAUGACAGAAAGGCUCUCAACUUGGGACCCGAAAGGUGGUUUUGGCGUCCUCCUGACAGGGAAUGUCAUGAUAGAAUACGAUCAACUGGAGUCACCUGGUUGUGCUGUAAUACCGCGAGAUGCUCCUUUCAGCGGCGAACGAUUCGAAGCCUUCAGAGACAUGGCUUCAGUGUCGAAGAAGAAUGGCAGCUUAAUUGUUGCCCAAGUAAGUCAUCCAGGGCGACAAGUUUACAGCACUGUGCAGCAAAACCCAAUCUCGGCAAGCGACGUGCAGCUCCAAUUGAACAGAGCGGGAAUGUCAUUUGCCAAGCCGAGGGCUAUGGAGAAGAAGGACUUUGAGAAUGUCAUUGGGGGCUUUGCGCACGCUGCCGAAUAUUUGUACAAGGCGGGCUACGACGGCAUUGAAUUGCAUGGUGCUCACGGUUACUUACUUGCGCAGUUCUUGUCGCCGACAACUAACAAGCGUACCGACCAAUAUGGAGGCUCGCUAAUGAAUCGUGCGAGAAUCAUCUUCGAGAUCAACGAUGCCAUCCGCGCUCGUGUCCCGAAAUCCUUCCUCGUCAGCAUCAAGCUCAACAGUGUGGAGUUUCAAGACGGCGCUUUUUCCACUCAGGACUGUAGAGAUUUGUGCGCGGCCCUGGAAAGAAGCGAGUUUGACUUUGUAGAGUUGUCGGGCGGUACUUAUGAAGCUGGUGCCUUUUACCACCGCAAGGAGUCGACCAAGAAGCGAGAGUCAUUUUUCUUGGAAUUUGCUGAUAUCAUCGUACCCGAGUUGAAGAAGACUAAAGUUUUCGUCACGGGUGGCUUUCGCACAACAAAUGGCAUGGUCAAGGCCCUCGACACGAUACAUGGUGUAGGACUCGGUCGUCCAGUUUGCGAUGAAUUUGAUUUGCCGCGGAAGAUACUCGACGGCACUGUUUCUGGGGCGAUUGAAGGCUUGAUUGACCAGGCCGAUACCACCAUGACAAACCUGGCGGCUGGUUCUCAAAUUCGUUUGGUGAGCCGGGACUUACAGCCCUUGGACUUGAGUCGAGAGGAUCACAUGGAGGUGUUUUUGGACUCGAGAAAGAAGUGGCUUGAGAUGAUGGCAGGUAAUAAAGACUGGUCAAGGUAUGGAUUUGUGGAUAUAUUAGGGCUACAAGGGGAGGCAUACGGGAACGAGUAUCCAAGAUUAUAG